AUAUUGUAAGAAUCCAAUGCCCGUAGUAGUACAACACUGUGCCGUAAAGUACAACAAAUUGUCAAAGUGUUUUCCUGCGGCGGACGUCGGGCGUUUUAUUCAUAUUAUUCUCUCCGAUCUUGUGUGUGAGUAGUUUACCGCAAAAAAUCCGCGCUCCGUUCCGUUUUUCGCCCGUCGAAGCGAUAAACGUUUAUUGCACACCCGCACAAUCUAAUCGAAAUCGUAAAUCGGUCCAAAAUGGCAUCUGGAGUAACAGUAGCGGACGCGUGCAAAAAGGUCUACGAGGAGAUCAAAAAGGACAAGAAGCACAGGUACGUGGUGUUUCACAUCAAGGAUGAGAAGCAGAUCGACAUUGAGGUGAUCGGCGAGCGCAACUCUACUUACGACCUGUUCCUAGAAGACCUACAAAAGGCCGGCCCGCAAGAAUGCCGUUACGGUCUGUUUGACUUCGAGUACACUCACCAGUGUCAGGGCACAUCCGAGAGUUCCAAGAAGCAAAAGCUCUUUUUGCUCUGCUGGUGCCCAGACACAGCCAAAGUCAAGAAGAAGAUGGUUUACUCGUCCAGCUACGACGCGCUCAAGAAAUCACUGGUUGGCGUACACAAGGCGUUCCAGGCCACUGAUCAUUCGGAAGCCUCCCAAGAAGUCAUCGAGGAGAAGCUCAGGUCCACCGACAGACAGUAAAAAUAAUUCAACAAAAAACUUAUAUACAACAAUACGCAUAUGAUGUUUAUGUAUAUUUAUAAAACAAAGUUUUCGUCUUUUACGUUUUGGUAUUAAAAAAAAUAAAUAAAAAAAAAUAUAUAUAUAAUAUUAGUACUUCCAUAACGUAAUCUUUUAUAUUACAGAACAAAAAAAAAAUAUUUAUAAAUUCAAAAACAUAUAAUACUAACAUUUCAAUAAAAAAUCUAAUAAUCAUAUUAUUCAUUGUUAUAAAGCGAUAUGUUCCCGUAGGAGCAUUUAUUUUAUACCUAUAUAUUAUUUUAAGUAUUUUAAUUCAUGCGUGUUUAAUUUCUCGUCGACAAAUUAUACGUAUUUCAAACUU